UUUUUGUUGUUGUUGUUGUAAUAAACGCGAUUGGAAGUCUGGACCGCCGCGGCACUGAUCUAAAGGACCUCUAAUGUCCCGGACUCGGAUUUCGUGCACACGCUGACAUGCUCUGGGCGAUCGCCACAGACAGGUGAACUCCAUUUGGUGUCUCCAAUGCUUCAACAGCAACAAUGGCUGUCUUGAAAUCUGGAAGUACUCUGUUCACUGUCAUCUUCAUUAGCAGGUUGUUAGAGAGCACAUUGCUCAAUGCAGAAGUGAAGGAAGGAGAGAUUUUGCCUCCCACCAUUCAGAGGUUGAUGAAAGGAUACAACAAGUACCUCAGGCCGUUCUUUGACAAUGGUCCUGUAACGGUGGGCAUGAGCUUGGACAUCGCCAGCAUUGAUACAAUCUCAGAGAUCAACAUGGACUACACUGCCACCAUAUUCCUACGACAGCGCUGGACAGAUGAACGCUUGGUGUUCGAAGGCAACAAGAGCCUGAGUCUCGAUGGGAGACUUGUGGAACUGCUCUGGGUUCCUGACACCUUCAUUGUUGACUCCAAAAAGUCUUUCCUUCAUGACAUCACUGUGGAGAACAGGCUGAUCCGUAUCUUUCCCAAUGGGACCGUCCUUUAUGCACUGAGGAUUACCACUACUGUGGCUUGCAAUAUGGAUCUCACCAAGUAUCCUAUGGACAAGCAGACCUGCACACUACAACUCGAGAGCUGGGGUUACAACAUCAAUGAUGUCAUGUUCUACUGGACCAGAGGAAAUGAAUCUGUCAGUGGAUUAGACACCCUUCAGCUCGCUCAGUACACAGUAGAAGACCAUUACACCUCAGUGUCAGAGGCCAUCUAUGAAACUGGUCACUACCCCAAACUGGUGUUCCACUUUGAACUGAAGAGGAGCAUUCUGUACUUCAUCCUGGAGACAUAUGUUCCCUCCAGUCUGCUGGUUGUCCUCUCAUGGGUCUCCUUCUGGAUUUCCCUCUCCUCUGUACCAGCGCGAAUUUGUAUAGGAGUGACGACUGUACUAACUAUGACAACUCUGAUGAUGGGAGCCCGGACGUCUCUGCCCAAUGCCAAUUGCUUUAUCAAGGCCAUUGAUGUUUACUUGGGGAUCUGCUUCAGCUUCAUCUUUGGAGCCCUCAUUGAGUAUGCUGUGGCCCACUUCUGCACCCUCACUCACACCGACUCACACAUGCUCAUGUAUGGACACCAGCUGCAUGACCUUGAGGAUGAAAUGAAUGGCAUUAUCACCACCAUCUCCACUCACGCCAUGAGGGCAAAGAGGCACAAGGAUCCUGCUGGAACUCCUCCACCGGCUUCUGCCUCUACAGAACAAGCUGUCAGCCCAUCAAGCCCCACAGGUAGCGAGCCUAAACCUGAACCAUCUCCUCCAGAAAACACCAACUGGUGCCUCUCCGUUCUGGCCACACUCCGCAAAGUGCUUCGCUAUGUAACCUGCUGUCACGUGGAGAAUCCCCACCACAUAGACAACUACUCCAGAGUCACCUUCCCUCUCUCAUUUGUGAUUGUUAACCUCCUCUACUGGACAUACUACCUUUACUUUUAGCAG